AACCCUAAGGACUUUCCUGUUGUAGAUAGAACUGUAUCACUAUGGCAGAAAUGGCCGACACAGAAUUCGAGGUUGUCGCCCCCUCCAACAUCCCACAGGUGUCCUUGGCACCAGACCAGCUGUCCCGGAAGUUCCUCAUGUGUCACGUCUGCAACGAGCAGUACAACGAGGAUGGAAAACACCCCCGCCUGCUCCCCUGUCUACAUACACUCUGCUACGAGUGUCUCACCAAGACCAAGGCUGAUGACGAGCUAAAAUGCCCAACGUGCAAGAUCAAGCACUCCGUGACCAAUGUAGACAAAGACUGCCCGCGAGACAACACGCGUCGUGACCUUAUGGAUUAUGUCAAGGUCAAACGAGCGCCAUCUGCUGUAUCCUGCAGCUCCUGUCCGUCAAAUGUGGCAACACACAGAUGCAGAGAGUGCGCUGAGUUCCUAUGCGUGGAAUGUCAAAAAGCACACGAGCGUGUGAGCGCAACUAAAGGUCACAACUUGAUCUUAUUGGAGAAGCUGAAGCAGUCCCAAGACCUUGACGCCUUCUGCAGACAGCUGAUGUGCAGUGAUCAUAAUAAUGAACUUAAGCUCUACUGUACCAAGGACACAUGUCAGAAACCCGUCUGCAUGAUGUGCGCCAUUGUCACCUGCAAAGAGACAAACGGACACAUGAUAGACAGUGUAGAGACCGUUGCAAAAGAAAGGCGCAAGAGCAUCAAAUCCCAAAAGACAUCUAUGGAGAAUGUUGGCAAAGAGGUCGAACAAGUCAUUGGUGACGUAAAAAGUGAGCAGCAAAAAGUGGACGAACUACGCAAGAAGGUGGAGGGGGAGAUCGAUGAAACGUUUGACAAGCUGGUGCAGAUCAUUGAAAGGGGACGGGCGGAUCAAAAGAAAGCUUUGGAAGAUGGUGUUAUGACAAAACAAAACAAUCUCAAAACCCAGGAGAAAGAGUUGAAAAGAAUGAAGGGUGAAAUAGAAGAAUCCAGCAAUUUCACCGAGCAGGCUCUCGCUUACACAAAUGCUGCUGCUUUCUUGCAGAUUGACCAUACCAUUGAUAAUAGACUGGAUGCACUGACGAAGCAAUUCUUUGACAAGGAGCCCCACGAGAUGGCCACUUUCGGUUUUCACGCUAAAGGUUUAAUCUCUGAAAUCCAAAGCAAGGUUGUGGAGAUGGCUAAAGUCUGGUCGGUGUCGGCUUUCCCGCCAAACUGCAAGGCUGGGCUAGAGGAAGAGCUGGAGGAAAACAAGUCGACCACGUUCGUCGUCAGUCUGAGAGAUUUCCAAAGAAACACGCCCUUCAAGGACUGCGAGUUAGAUGUGUGUGACGUCAAGGCAGUUGUGAAAGAUCCAAAAGGUACCGAGACCGAGAUUCUGAUGAAGAUGAAACAUGGAAGUAAGGAUGAAAUGGAGGUCACCAUCAAACCAACCAUGUCAGGGCGACACGCACUUGAAAUCAAAGUACUGGAUAGAGUGGUAGUCACCAAAGACUUCGAGUGUAAACCAGCUGUUGUGAGAAGUGCCAGCAAGAAAGAACCACCGCCGCGUAAGGAGACCACUCCAAAGAGGGACCCCUCUCCAAAAUCACCUAAGCCAGUUGGGAUACUAAAACCGGACUUGACUUUUGAUAGAAACAAGGCCCACAGAGAUGUCUCCAUUUCUCCUGAUGGAAAGAUAUUCAAGAACGUUUCCACUGGAGAACACAUGGAAGUAGUCCCGAAUAACAGUCGUCUGCAGAAAUACAAGGGCGCCAUUUGUUCCAUGGGCCUUCAAUAUCCCGGUAGAUUUAAAUAUGCCAUCAAGAUUGGGAUCCAGGUCAAAAAACCUCUGGACAAGAGUAACCUUGUGUUUGAACUGGGAAUCGCGCGAAAAUCCGUCAUUGGGAAGAGUUUGGUUGUGGAAGGAGAGAAGUAUGCAUGGUCAAUGAUUGGUGCGCAUCACGUGGAUUGUGACGCAAUAUGUUUACAUGUUGCCCAUAACAACCACUUGCUGUACCACGAGGUCCUUACAUCCAAUGUCGCCGGAAGUUCCAUGGAGAGAACUUUCGGGUUUCUGUUGGAUACCGAGUUUGGUCAAUGGAAGGUCUUCGACAAGAAGCUUGAGAAGGAGAUAUGUGUGGUGGAGGCGGUCGAUUGCUCCGAGCUGCUCUUCCCUGUUGUAGCUGGAUACAACCCAAGUAGCGUGGAGGUCACAGCAACCAUUGUUCACGUAGAUUAGAACAACACGAGCAAAAAAGAAGAUAUAAGAUACAGGCCAAAAAGCAAGAGUGUUAUUUUUACGAUUUUGGAAACUUUUUGAAAAAAGAAAAAUAGUUGAAAUGUACAUAUACACAACAGAACAUUUCACUUUCGGUUUUAGGGGUUAAAGGGGUUAAUAGUUUUACUAUCAAAAGAAUUCUGUUUUGUUUUUAUUUUAUUUGUUGUGAGUUGAACUUUUGUGAUGUUUUA